UUUUAGCAGAGCAGCAGCAGCAGCAGCACCCGCCCUUCCCCUCCAGCCCUGACAGUGCACAGAGCCUGGGAGCUGUAAUCCUGAGCUGGCUGGCUGGCUGGCUUUGCUGCACGGUCCUGCCUGCCUGCUCCUCGCCGCCGGAGAGGAUGGGCUGCCCAGGGCUGCGGAGCACCUUCCCCAGCGCUUCCUAGGAAGGGACCAAAACAAAGGCAGCCCCUCCGUGACUAGCCAGCCCGGGCUGGGGUGGAUGCGAGCGACCAUGAAAGGCUGGGUCUCCUCCUCCUCCUCCUCCUCCUCCUCUCGCUCUCCUGCCGUGGCUGCCUCUGCUGCUGCUUCUCCUGCCGCCGCUUCCCGAGAGCUGCUGGCUGCUGCUGAUGAUCAGAGGACUCCCGUGUAAAAGGAGGAGGAGGAGGAAGAAGAGGAAGAAGAGGCGGCGGCGGCGGAGGAGGAGGCGAGGCGUGCUCGGGCUGCCGCUGCCCAAAGGUGUCAAGGUGCUGGCGAGGCGAGGGGGGACAUGGCUUCUUCUCCGGCUUCGCUGGGGCCCCGCGGCCCUCGCCCACCCACCGUGCCGCCUCCCAUGCAGGAGCUGCCCGACCUGAGCCACCUGACGGAAGAGGAGAGGAACAUUAUUAUGGCUGUGAUGGACCGGCAGAAGGAAGAGGAAGAGAAGGAAGAGGCCAUGCUCAAAAGAUUGCACCAACAAUUUGAAAGUUACAAAGAGCAAGUCCGAAAAAUAGGUGAGGAAUCCCGCCGUUACCACGGAGAGCACAAGGACGAUGCGCCAACAUGUGGAAUCUGUCACAAAACUAAGUUUGCCGAUGGUUGUGGCCAUUUAUGCUCCUACUGCCGGACAAAGUUUUGUGCCAGAUGUGGAGGACGUGUUUCUCUGCGAUCAAACAAUGAGGACAAAGUGGUUAUGUGGGUAUGCAACUUAUGUCGAAAGCAACAAGAGAUCCUUACGAAAUCUGGAGCGUGGUUUUUUGGAAGUGGUCCUCAACAGCCACCCAGUCAGGACGGAGCACUGAGUGAUACAGCUACUGGUGGCAGUUCAGAUGCACCUAGAGAAAAGAAAGCGAGGCUUCAAGAACGGUCAAGAUCUCAAACACCCCUAAGCACAGCAGUCACCUCCUCACAGGAAAUACCUUCUAGUGGUGUGCAAACUGACAGGAGGAAAGGCACAGAGGUAUCCCAGCAAGCUAUGGGCCUGGAACAGAAGCAGACUUCAUCAAGGUCUAGAAGUGAACCCCCGAGAGAGAGGAAGAAGACACCUGCAGGGUCUGAACAGAAUGGGAAAGGAGGUGUAAAAGGUGAGCGCAAACGAGUGCCAAAAUCCUCACUCCAGCAGGGUGAAGGACAAAGAGAUGAGAGGGAAUUUAAAGAAAGACGUGAUGGUAGAAGAUUAGAGAAAGGGAGGUCUCAGGACUAUUCAGACUUCCCACACGAUUUUGAGGAAGGCAAAGCUAUAGAUGGAGAGAAGCAAAGGAAAGAAGAUGACUAUCACACUCGAUACAGGAGUGAUCCAAACCUGGCAAGGUAUCCCGUAAAGCCGCAUCCCGACGAGGAGCAGAUGCGCAUGCAUGCAAAAGUUUCAAAAGCACGGCAUGAAAGAAGACACAGUGACGUUGCCUUGCCACACACAGAAGUUGAGGAGCCCGAGGUACCUGAGAAUAAACUAGGAAAGCACUCACAGGUGCAAGGAACUCAGGACAUAAAGUCUCGCCCGGAUACUCAGAGGGCGUAUGCAAUAGAAAGAACAGGUGAUGUAAGGAUUUCUGUUUCUAAACAAUUAGCUAACCAUAGCCCACCAACUCCCAGGCAUAGCGUGGUUCCUACAGAGCACUUAGAAUCCAAAAAUCACGACCCCUUUAAAACACAGAGUCGCCUAGAUCCUAGCUCUGCUAUUCUCAGUCGGAAAGCAAAGCGGGAGAAAAUGGAGACCAUGCUAAGGAAUGAUUCCCUUAGUUCUGACCAGUCAGAAUCAGUGCGGCCGUCUCCACCAAAGCCCCAUAGAUCGAAACGGGGUGGAAAGAAAAGACAAAUGUCAGUCAGCAGCUCUGAGGAAGAAGGAGCAUCAACACCUGAAUAUACCAGUUGUGAUGACGUGGAAAUAGAAAGUGAAAGUGUCAGUGAAAAAGCUAAUCUGUUUGGCAGAAGAGAGUUGGUGUGCCCUGCGUCUCCUGAGUCGUGUUGUGGUGAUUUGGAUUAUUACUGGCUUGAUCCUGCCACGUGGCACAGUAGGGAGACAUCUCCUAUUAGCUCGCAUCCUGUAACGUGGCAACCAUCUAAAGAAGGAGAUCGCCUAAUUGGUCGUGUUAUUCUCAACAAGAGAACAACUAUGCCAAAAGAGUCAGGUGCAUUGCUGGGACUCAAAGUUGUAGGAGGAAAAAUGACUGAUUUAGGACGACUUGGUGCCUUCAUUACCAAAGUAAAGAAAGGUAGCUUGGCUGAUGUGGUGGGACAUCUAAGAGCAGGUGAUGAAGUUCUAGAAUGGAAUGGCAAACCGCUUCCCGGAGCUACAAACGAAGAAGUUUACAACAUUAUUUUAGAAUCAAAAUCAGAACCUCAAGUUGAAAUUAUUGUUUCAAGGCCUAUUGGUGACAUUCCAAGGAUUCCCGAGACUUCUCAUCCUCCACUAGAAUCUAGUUCUAGUUCAUUUGAAUCUCAAAAAAUGGAACGGCCGUCAAUUUCUGUUAUUUCCCCUACUAGUCCUGGAGCCCUAAAAGAUGCUCCACAGGUCCUGCCCGGGCAGCUCUCUGUAAAGCUUUGGUAUGAUAAAGUUGGGCAUCAGUUAAUAGUGAAUGUUCUUCAAGCAACAGACCUGCCACCCAGAAUAGAUGGACGCCCGAGAAAUCCUUAUGUAAAAAUGUAUUUCCUUCCGGACAGAAGUGAUAAGAGUAAGAGGAGGACCAAAACGGUAAAGAAAAGCUUAGAACCAAAAUGGAACCAAACUUUUCUCUAUUCCCACGUGCACCGUAGAGAUUUUAGAGAACGAAUGUUGGAGAUCACGGUUUGGGAUCAGCCCAGAGUGCAAGAAGAAGAAAGUGACUUUCUUGGGGAGAUCCUUAUAGAGCUGGAGACAGCACUUUUAGAUGAUGAACCACAUUGGUAUACGCUGCAGACGCAUGAUGAAUCCUCACUACCUCUGCCUCAGCCAUCACCUUUCAUGCCAAGGAGACAUGCCCAUGGUGGAGAAAGCUCUAGCAAAAAAUUACAAAGAUCUCAGCGAAUCAGUGAUAGUGACAUCUCAGAUUAUGAUGUUGAUGAUGGUAUUGGAGUAGUUCCUUCAGUAGGCUAUAGGUCUAGCACUAGAGAAAGUAAAUCUACAACGUUAACUGUGCCAGAACAGCAAAGAACAUCCCAUCAUCGUUCACGAUCUGUAUCUCCUCACCGUGGUGACGAUCAGGGCAGGACCCGUUCUCGUUUACCAAAUGUGCCAUUACAGAGGAGUUUAGAUGAAAUUCAUCAAAUGAGAAGAUCACGUUCUCCAACUAGACACCAUGAUGCCUCCCGAAGCCCAGUUGACCGCAGGUCCAGAGAUAUGGAUAGUCAGUAUUUGUCAGAUCAAGAAAGUGAGCUUCUAAUGCUGCCCAGGGCAAAACGAGGAAGAAGUGCAGAGUGCCUACAUACCACCAGAAAUUCUGUUAGGCAUUAUAAAACACUACCUCCCAAGAUGCCUUUAUUAGAGAAUGGCACUUACUGGAAUAUUUACAGCUCAACCCUGCCUGCAUGUGUUAAGGCCAAAUCAGUGCUUAGUCAGGAUAUUUCACUUCUUCGUAAUUGCCUUAACUCACGAAUACCAAGAUUUACUGAUGGUCUAUUGGUUAGUGAACUGCAGCCCUCGCUUGACAGGGCUAGGAGUGCUAGUACCAACUGCUUGAGGCCUGAUACUAGUUUGCAUUCACCAGAACAAGAAAGAGGUAGAUGGUCCCCCUCACUAGAUAGGAGCCGACCCACUAGUCCCCGGAUUCAAAUCCAACAUGCAUCUCCGGAGGAUGACAGAACAACAGCGCUGGAGUCUUGCAUUCCAAAACAAGACAGCUUAAACCUCCUAAGUGCUAAUCCGGAAGAAACACAGAGGCACCCCAGAAAGGUGGAAAGAUAUAGCACCCAAAAACAGACUAGGAAAGGCUCUGCGUCUGAAACAGAAAGGGUUCUACUGCCAUGUUCUAGAAGGGGACUGCCACCCCCAAGAAUCAGUGAUCAGCCAGUCAUUACUAGGGGAAAGCAUCACACUCGCUCAAGGUCGAGUGAGCAUUCUAGUAUCAGACCCUUAUGUUCUGUACAUCACCUAGUUCCUGGAGGGUCUGCACCACCUUCUCCACUUCUGACAAGAAUGCACCAACCAGGAAGUCCCAUGCAGUCGUCUCCAGCAGACACACCCUUCAGCAGCCGUAGGGGGAGGCAGCUUCCACAAGUUCCUAUCAGAAGCGGCAGUAUAGAGCAAGAACAAGAGAAUUAUAGCUCAUCAUCAAAAGCAAAUUUAGUAGUGGAGGAACGAACGAGACAGAUGAAAAUGAAAAUGCACCGUUAUAACCAGACAACAGAGUCUGGUUCUAGUCAAGAACUUGAACGUGAGCAAUAUACUAAGUAUAACAUACAAGCAGAUCAGUACAGAAGUUGUGAUAACGUCUCUGCCAAAUCAUCAGAUAGUGAUGUCAGUGAUGUGUCAGCCAUUUCUCGUGCCAGCAGUGCCUCACGUCUCAGCAGCACAAGCUUUAUGUCAGAGCAAUCAGAGCGCCCGAGGGGCAGAAUCAGGUCAAAGUCCUUAGAGAGCUGCAAAAGUGAUGGCAAAAAAGAAAGAAGGAUAUCAUGGGAAUUAGAUGGCGAGACGGGGCACAGAGGAAAAAAAAUGAAUAUGGAAGAAAAGAAAAGGAGAAGGCAUACUGUUGCUGAUGUGAGUACGUUUACUCCUAAAAUGCAAGGCAGACGGAUGGGGACUUCAGGGAGAAUCAUCACAAAGAGCACAAGUGUGAGUGGAGAGGUGUAUAAGCUGGAACAUAACGAUGGGAGUCAAUCAGACACUGCAGUUGGUACGGUUGGAACAGGUGGGAAGAAAAGACGGUCCAGCCUUAGUGCCAAAGUGGUUGCCAUGGUAUCUCGAAGAAGCAGAAGCACAUCCCAGCUUAGCCAAACAGAGACGGGCAGCAAGAAGCUAAAAAGCACGAUACAGAGAAGCACAGAAACUGGUAUGGCAGCAGAAAUGAGAAGCCGUAUGGUCCGGCAGCCAAGUCGGGAAUCGACUGACGGCAGCAUCAACAGUUACAGCUCAGAAGGAAACCUAAUAUUUCCUGGAGUCCGACUUGGUGCUGACAGUCAAUUCAGUGAUUUCCUUGAUGGACUUGGACCUGCACAGCUAGUAGGUCGACAAACUUUAGCCACUCCUGCCAUGGGUGAUAUUCAGAUUGGAAUGGUGGAUAAGAAAGGCCAGUUGGAAGUAGAAGUUAUUAGAGCCCGAGGCCUGACACAAAAGCCUGGCUCUAAAUCUACCCCAGCUCCGUAUGUCAAAGUUUAUCUGUUGGAAAAUGGGGCUUGUGUAGCCAAGAAGAAGACAAGGAUUGCAAGGAAAACCCUUGAUCCUUUAUACCAACAGACACUGGUUUUUGAGGAAAGUCCACAUGGCAAAGUCCUUCAGGUGAUAGUCUGGGGAGACUACGGCCGAAUGGAUCACAAAUGUUUCAUGGGAGUAGCACAGAUCCUGCUGGAAGAACUUGAUUUGUCCAGUGUGGUAAUAGGCUGGUAUAAAUUAUUUCCACCUUCCUCUUUGGUGGACCCAACGUUGACUCCUCUGACUCGCAGGGCUUCCCAGUCGUCUCUGGAAAGCUCAACUGGGCCUCCCUGCAUUCGAUCUUAGUGGACGCAACAGCAGGUGCUCUCCAACAAAGUCAUUAUCGCCCAGGAUCACCAAUGGGGGGAAACAAAGCUAUUUACAACAAUGAGGAGCAUUUAUUUAUUUUUUUGAAAAGAGACAAUCAUCACUUCAGUUUUGCCUGUAGUAGUUUAUCCAAAAAAAAAUAAUGUCUGUUUGUUAUGAGGUUGGCUUCAAUUUACCGAACAAAUCAAUGUAUGAAAAUACAGUCGAUCCAUCUAGCAAAAUGUCCCUGAGGUUUAUGAUAAUUAUAAUGAAGAGGGACCUUUAAGACUGAACUGGAACCGCUCGUUCUCUCCACAAUUCCCAUUCCCAUCCCCACUCCCACCCCCACCCCAAAACCACAAACAGUGUUAACUCCUUGCUCUCUUUCUGUAUAUGUUAUUUCCACUUGGUUUUGCUGUGUUAUUUAUCCUGCCAGUUUUGUAAAGUCUUCAUGAUGCUAACAGAGACCCUUCCUUUCUUUUUCUAAACCAAACCAAAAAGGGCUGAAGCACAUCUCUGUAAGCAUCUCUAAAAGUGUUCACCUUCCAGAGUUAUUGUACGAUGCCAACAAAACCCCCACUAUCCUUUCAUUCUGGUUGUCCACCAUCUUAACACGUGUGGAGAACCAGAGUAAAACCAACCAACGUUUAGUUCAGUUUUGCUUUAUUAAUGUUAUUGUUAUUAAGGAGUUUAUCAUAAUUUUUCAUUGUGAGGGGUGGUGGGGAAGUGAAUAUAUUUGCAUUAUACAUCAUGGUUUUUGUAUGUUUCAUUAAUACUUUGCAUGAAGGAAAUUUGCAUCUGCAACUAUUGCUGAAGACUUGAUUAAAAAAAAAAGCAGCUGUGCUUUUUUCAUUUUGACAUUGACAAUUAUGUUUGUAAAGCGGUCGUCUUACUGGACCCAAUGAGGAAAGUCUUUCCGUUCUAGUGUGUAACUUCCCAAACGUCGACCAGGAAUUGAGUUGAGCAUCUGACACUUUUCAGCUGUAUCCAGGCUUCUCUGAUACAUGUGUCACUUUUGAUACACUUGUCUGCCCUGGUUAGAGCAUGGUCUGAGUUGUUAGUUUUCCCACUGGAAAUUCCCGUUGAGAUACUCUGCACUUAACUAACGUUUUUAUUGAAUUUAAGUUUACAUUUCUUUGAGACUGAUGCAAGCACAAUGCUUGACUUUUUUAAACAAAGAUAUCUUACUUUGGAGGGUUUGCAGGGGGGGAGGUACAGUUAAACAACAACAACGUUCAUUUGGGUUUUAUCUUGGUCUUGAAACCCCCACCCCCGCCUUGUGUUUUUUCUGUAAAAUGUGCUGAAAAGCUGCGGGGUGUGCAGGUGCAUUGAGAAGUUCUCUCCUUUUAUGGGCCAUUGAUUUUGUGAUCUCACAAAAUAGAGCAGCAUGAUUUGGAACUGUUCAAAGCUGCAUGCACGUUUUUUGGGUUUUUUUGUAAUAAAAAGAAAAACAGAAAAAUAAGGAAAAGAAAAAAGAGAGAGAAAAAAAGAAACAAUCAAAAAGAGAUUAUUUAAUAAUGUAUGUUAGUUCCACAUAGGCCAGGUUGUGUGUUGCAUGUACUUGUACAGUUUGCUCGUAAUUACUCUAAUGAAGUAACCAAGAAAUCUAAGCCAUCCAUUUUUUCUUAUAGACAUUUUGCAGGUUUUAGCCAGGCUGCCUGUCAGUCUGGUGCUAAAUGUCUAUAGAUGGACUUUAUUUUUUACCCUAUGGAAAACGUGACGUAGUACGGACCAAAUUCCUUCUAAUAAAUAUUUUGGUGUAGAUUCCUACUGUGGGGCUGUAACACAUGUAGAAACUGUGUACACAAUUAGGUUUUCCUUCAUAGACAUAACUGCCUGCACCAAGUGAACUAUUUAUUAUGAUGAUGAUUAUUUAAACAUUGCCAGAACUAUUCUGCCCAUGUUUCCAUGGAGCAUAGAUUGGUUACUGCUCGACCUGCUGAGCAGGAAGAACUGAAGCACUGGUGCACUACUAGAUUCUGUUCUGUCUUUUAGUGGCCAAAUAAAUAAACAAACUUAAUUAUAAUUCGGUAGUACCUUUCUAGUUUGACCACUUGUCUUAACAUUCCCCUGUGCUUUUAAAAUGAACUUCCAACUCAUGUUAUGUAGACAUGUUUAAUAAAAUUUCCUUUACAUGUUCA